UUCCUUGCGUUUUAGAAUGGCAGAUCCCCAAAGCCACGUCAAAUGCACAUCCCCACGUUAAGGCAGCCCAAACUCUAAUAAUCUAUCAUACCCAUUUUCUAAUUCAUCAAUUCUGAUUGAGGCAUUGUUUUCAGUAUAUUCUUCUGCCUUUCUCUGCACCAGUUGAAUCAUCAUCCCUGCGUUUUGAAUAUGUUUUGGGUAGUAUAUGCUUGAAGGAAUCCAAGCCCUGUUUUUUAAUUUUAUUUACCAGGGAUUUGAUAAUUGUCACAAGAAUGUUAACUUUGGAUAGAGCAGAUUUGGAUCUGGUUUUUGUUCCAACAGGCCUUGUGUUCCUAAUGAUUUAUCAUCUCUAUCUUCUAUAUAAAAUCAUCAAGCACCCCAAUUCCACUGCCAUAGGCUUUGAAAAUGGGAACAAGAGGAUUUGGGUACGCAAGAUGAUGGAGGAUAUGCCAAGAAACACAUCAACAGCACUUCAAGUGAUUUCAAACAACACAUCAACAGCCACCUAUCUGAUCAGCCUGUCCAUAACAUUGAGUUCAUUGAUAGGCACAAUUGUGGGCAGCAGCCCAAACAACAGUCAAGCCAAAGGGCUUGUGAAUGAAAUAAUCUAUGGAGACAGAAGCCUUACAACUGCUUCUGUCAAAUAUGCAACCCUAAUGCUCUGUUUUUUGACAGCCUUCAUGGCACAUGUUCAGUGCAUCCGUUAUUAUAUUCAUGUCAGCUAUCUCAUCAGUACUCCUGGUUCCUCUGUGCCUGUACAUUAUGUAGAGAAUGCUGUUGUUAGAGGAAGUAAUUUUUGGUCUCUGGGGUUGAGGGCUUAUUAUUUUGCAUUUCCCCUGCUCCUAUGGAUAUUUGGUCCUAUACCCAUGUUUACCUGCUGCUUGGUAAUGGUGUCAUUCCUGUAUUUUCUUGAUUCCAAAGACAAUUCCACCCGCCCAUUCGGAAUUAAGGAAGAGCAAACUGUGUUGUAUAAGGAGAUUGAGACGAGAGGUCAGGUGAUCGAAUCCAGCAGUGGCAAACAGGCACUUGGAAUUGGGAACAUGCUGAUGCCUCAAAUUGAAUUCCAACAACUACAGUUGCAAUGCAAUUCCUGAUUCGAAAGGGUUUUUUUUGGCUCUUUGAUUGAUUGAAUGGGUCAUCUGUAUUUCUGCUUGAAUGUACGGAUUUGAAGCAUGGAUUAAAAUCCUGUGUUCUUGGAAAACCUAUAAUACAAGGAUGAGGUUGGAGUGCACUUGUCUCUAUUUUAUCUAUAACUACUUGGCGUGUUGUCAUACGUACCGUACAAUAGUGGCUGAGUACUGAGUGGCGUGUAUUGUUCUACGGUGAAUUUUUUUAAGAAUAAAAAACAUACAUAUACAUAUAUAUUUUGGGAUAA